AUGGGCCCGGGCCAGUACACGGGAUGGUUUGGGUUCUGCAUCGGGAUCUCCCUCGGUGUCUUGGCCCUCAUCGUUCUCUUCACCCUUGCCUCCUACGUCUGCACCCGCUUCUGCAUACCGCCGCCCCAGACUCCGGUCACGGGAGCCGACCACUUACCUGGACCCGGGCCAGUUCACGGGAGCCGACCCCUCACGUCGGCAGUGGACGGCGGCUACUCGAUCGCGAUCAUGCUCGGCCUCAACGAGGCCACUCUAGGGAGCUUCCCGAAGCUCCUCUACUCUCAGGUGAAGGGCGCAGGCUCGAGCUGCUGCUCCAUUUGCUUGUUGGAGUACAAGGAGAGGGACGUGCUGAGGCUGCUGCCGGACUGUGGCCAUUACUUCCACUCGAAGUGCGUCGAUCCGUGGCUGAGAACGAACCCGUCCUGUCCGAACUGCAGGACCUUGCCGGUCCUGACUCCAGUCGCGACGCCCCUUGCUGAGGUCCCCAUGUUGAUGGCACCGCGGCGGUAAUACUGACCGAUCAGAAGGUGGCGGAAUUGCGGGCGAAGGCUCCUGAAUCAAACAAAAUCUACUGUAAGUGAAUUGAGAUUUCUCGUGCACGAGUUCCAGGUGUGGACUGAAAC